CGCUGAUUUACAAACCAUCGCGCGUCAAACCAGAGCUCGGUGAAGAUGGCGGCGCUAGCGGUGCUGGAGACCCCUUCAGGGAAGGACGCCCUCGCCGAGGGUCUGCUCGACCUCCUGAGCCCCGCCGUGCAGCAGCUCGACUUACACGUGCACUCAGUCAGAGAAAGCCAAGUGGAACUUAGGGAACACAUUGAUAAUUUGGCAUCUGAGCUGUGUAGGAUCAACGAACACCAGAAGGUGGCGCUAGACCUAGACCCCUAUGUGAAAAAACUGCUUAAUGCCAGACGAAGAGUGGUGCUCGUCAACAACAUACUCCAGAAUGCGCAGGAGCGCUUGCGAAGGCUGAACCAUAAUGUUGCUAAAGAGACGGCACGCAGGAAGACCAUGCUCGAGGCGUCUGGAGCGUUUACCCCGCGCUCCCCCAGCAAACCAUGACGGCCCCGAUCUCGCAUUUUGGGAACGCACCGUUACACUGUGCUCAAUGCCAAGGACCAACGCUGUAGAGUUGCAGAAUCUUCCUCUUAUCAUUAAAGGGCGCUGGGCUAUGCAAAGCACUGCUAACAGAACACACUCAAGAGUAGUCAGGGAGACGGACAGCAGUCGUUUAUUUCCUGAACGUGUGACUUUUUAAUCAAAUAUUUGUCUGUAUGAAUGUCACUGUUGCUGAAAAAUGCAAUGCUGUGGAUGUACUAGUUAUUUGCAAAUGUACGAUUUGAAUAACUAAUAAUAUUAUUAUUAAAGUAUCUAGUGGUUUCCAAGCAUGUUCCCCAAUUUUGCAUCUCUCUUUUGUCUAACACACAAAAUUUCAGAUCUUGGGAAUCUCUACUAAUGAGCUGAUGAUCUAAAUCAGGCGUGUUUUUAUUAUGGAGACAUAGAAAGCAUGCAGGAAUGUGGUUGGGAACCACUGAUCUAGUCUAAUUUACCUGUACAUAUUCAGCUUUUAGUCUUUUUAUUUUUGGAUUCAGACUCUGUCCACAUCGAAUUGUUUUCUUUGCAAAUGUGCUUCAUGCGUUUAAAGGAUUCAUUCAUCCAAAAUAUACUGUCCAGGAUGUAAAUAAGUUUGUUUCUUCAUGCCACGGAUUUCAUACGCGUCGCUUGCUCAACGGAUGCUGUGCGGUGAAUGGGUGCCGUCAGAAUUAGAGUCUAAACAGCCAAUUAAAAACAUAGUAAUAAUCUACAAGUAAUCCACACCGCUCCAAUUCAUCAAAUAAUAUCUGGUGAAGUGAAAUGUGCGUGUUUGCAGGAAACAAAUUCAUCAUUUAGACUUUUUAGCGUUGCCUCCGUCCAAACUAAAAUGAUCCACAAUAAUGUCAAAUUAAUGGAAAAGUCCAUCGCUUGUGUUCUUACAGCUUACCUUUUCACUAGAGAAAGCAGUAUUAGUAGUAUUUUAGCCGAAAACAACAGUUUAAAGUUUAAUACCUAUCAGCUGUUUGGACUCUCAUUCUGACGGCACCCAUUGACUGCUGAGGAGCCAUCGGUGAGCGAGUGAAGUCUCAAGUCCUUUUGUCCUCUACAUGAAAAGAAUUGUCAUUUUUGUGUGCACUAGCCAUCUUUCAAAGCUUAUAUUCUUAUGUUUUACAUAAUACAUAAUUCAUGUUGUCUAUUUAAGAGCGUUAGAAAUGUAUAGAAUGGAAUUUCUGUUAUAUAAAUGACAAUGUUAGGGGUAUAAAGAAUCUUCCCUAGGUAUCCACAGUAUGGCAUUGCAUUAUAAUUGAAUCAGCAGUAAAAUCUUAGGCAUGCACGUGUCUUUUUGUAAAUAGUGGAUGCUUUGUAAGAGGAUAUGAGAAAGGGCAUAUGAAGGUGACCUCUUGUUUUAGCUGAAAGGGAGAGGGUUAGGAAAAGAUUUGAGGACAGGUGAAAGGUCAAGGGAGGGAAUCUAUCACAGAGGAAGUUGGAAUCAUAUGAGGGGCCUCCUAAAAGCCGCUCUGCUGAUGAGAGAUUCAAGACAGAUUGCCUGAAAUCACUUAACUAAGUAAAAUGAAAGAGGCUUUCGGAGUCUGCUCAUGUUUGGCGCUCACUCCAUAUGCAAACUUGAAAUGUGUGCAUGUCACUGCAUGUUGCUGCUGUAAAGUGUAUCCGUUUGUGUCCAAAAGUAAUGAAAAUGCUCGAAUGCUUGAUUUUUAAAAAUUUUUUAUGCUAUUUGUUUUAUAACCCUUAAAUGAAAGAAAUCCCAGAUUUUCUGUGUGAACUUCUGGGGUCCGAUGUGUAUGUUAGUCCUUCAUUAAAGCUGUCAGUAGGGAUUUAAAAAGAAUACAUCAAAUGAUCCACUACGCAUUAUACACACAAAUCUUGAAGGCCUACUUGUACACUAUUCUGAGACGUGAAGAAAAAGUACACUUUCACUACAUGGAUGUAGCACUUCAAUGAAGAGAGGAAUAUUAUACUUCAUGCACUUAACUGUUGUAGCUCUAAUUAUGUAGCUAUCAGAAUCCAUUAUGAAUGAAAAAAUAUCUUUAUUAAAUUCAUACAUGUCUGAGUACAUAAGUACAUAUACUCAA